GCAACAACCGACAGUCACUUCUACCCAUGUCCAAAUUCGAGCAGGAACUCGCCUUUGUCCAGUCCCUCGCUAGUCCAGCCUACCUGCGACACCUCGCCGAAACAAGCCUUCUGCACGACCAAGCACUCGUCGCGUAUCUAGCUUACCUGCGCUACUGGCAAUCUCCAGAGUACGCACGCUUCAUCAGCUAUCCGGCCAGUCUGCUACACCUAGAGCUCCUACAAAAUCCUGCCUUUCGUGCAGACCUCAUCAACGAGUCCGUCUCCAAACAACUCAACGACGCGUUGUACUUUGAUUGGUUGAAAGCAUGGAAGCCCUGAAAGAAUUCUCAUGGGCCGACGCGUCUGAUGCGUGGCUCAAGUUGAACAUGGAGAUCCUCAAAGAACAGGAAGCCAUCAAAGAAUACUCCACGACUGACGUGUCUGAUGCAUUGCUCAAGCUCCGCAGCCAGGGCGGCAAUGACGACCGUGAACGGUAUAGUAGACAGGCGGCAGGAGCCAUCAUUGGCUUGACACUACAAACGCAGCUGCAACCCGGCCAAAAAGUGAUUGGCCGUACAUAUACAGUAAAAUUUGAUGACUCGAACUUCAGUACAUUGCCUAGCAAGGGCCGCAUGGAGGACACCGACAUUCCACCAGGAACGCACUACAUUGAUCAUUUACCACAGGGCAGCAUUCUUGUGCUUCAACAACCAAAAAAUCAAGAUAAUGCGUGUUUCGGGGGCAUUAUGGCGUUGCGCGCUCAAAUGCAAGGCGUUCAGGCAGUCCUUGUGGACGGCCGAAUUCGUGAUGUUGAGGAAAUGCGACAACUUGGUCUCCCUGUGUAUUCUACUGGAACGAGUAUUGCCGGUGCUGGUGCUGGUGCAGGUUGCAAGGCCAGGUUUAUCAAUGAAGCCAUUCACAUUGGUCAUAAUGGCAUCAUUUGCCCCGAAGACCUCCUUUUCAUCGACACCGAAGGCAUUUGUGUCCUCAACGGAGACCUCAAUUUGGGGGAACUGCUCGCAAUGCUCAAGAAACUCUCGGCACAAGAAGAGCGCGUCAAAGAAGCCGUACGAGCUGGCAUGACAGUAAGCGAGGCGUUUAAAAAGUACAGAAGCUAGUCAAGCACAAUCCCUCUAGGGUUGGCAUAAUCAAUAGUAGAGAGCGGUUGCUCGUCCUGCUCAUCCUUGACGGCACGUCGAUGGCGCUCCCACAAAUCAACCUUGCCGAAAUAAUGCCUGCAAUAAAUUGAAUUUGCAAUCGUGCACACGAGCAAUGCCAGCGAGACACCGGCAAAGAUUCCCAACGUGAUGCGAUCGCUGCGGAACUCAUCAGCGCGUUCACUGCCAAAGAUGCGCCAAAACUUGUAGCAAAAGUAUGUCAGCGCUGCAACGAGACACAAAUCAAAGAA